ACGAUGGACAACUUUGAACGGAUACUGGUCGAUGUCGACUGCAGCCGGUAUGAAGAGGAUGCGUUUUCGCUGCUGGACAAAUCGCGCGAUGUUAACAUCGUGCGCGACCUUCGCUCGUCCACCGUGUCCGCGUUUGAUCAAACGAGCUUCCCGCAACUUAACAUCUCAUCCCGGACGCAGCUGAAGCAGCAACUAUUCCGCGAACAGAUCAAAAACAGUGAGCCAGGACCACGGUCCAUGGUGACCUCACCGGGACCGCCGGUACUGUCGGUGCGGCUUCCGCUUGAAAACAUAGACAUCGAGCUACCGAAGAAGGUGCUCCAGGUGGAGACGAAGCUCGAAAAUCCAACACGCUACCAUGUGAUCCAGAAGCAGAAGACACAGGUGCGCGAGUACGUGACGGCGGCCCUGAAGCUGACGAAGCAGAACCUGGUCCGCGAGUCCUGUCGGCACACACGGCUUAUGAUUCUUGGACGGCUGUACGAUUCGUUCAUCAGCACCAAACCAUCCACCCAGCAAUCGGGUGGUGGGCAACCGUCGGCCACUGUUGCUGGGGCCAGCGCGGUUACAGCUACCGGUGGCGUCCCAAUGUCCGGCACCGGUAUGAAUGGGCCGGGCAAGGUUAUGAGCGCACCGGGCACCUCCGGCACCGUAUCCACCAUGUCGACAGGGACGCCCUCGGCAACGCCCACCAUCGAGCAGCAGCAGGAGUGGCGCCUGGAGAUGAAACUAUCCUGCCGCUUCGGCAACAAGCUGUACAAAACGUUCGUCGACGAGUUUGACUACGUGCGGGAGCUGCUCGGGUUGAUCCGGUUCGAGAUACCGAAAUGGGUGUUUGUGGUGUCGGAGUUUGAGGAUGAGAUCUCGUCGUACGAAUGUAACAGAGCGGCACGGGCCGCCCAGCAGGCGGCAGUUGCGGCCGUUUCUGCCGAUCAGGAGUUCCUGUCCCGGCCGGCCCUUGUUGGCGAGAAGGGUUCGAAGCACGAGAAGUUUAUCGAGCCGGAGGUGCGCGAUCGGAUCAAGAAGGAUAAUCACAACUGCAGUAGGUAUUUGCUGGGACGCGGACGAGGGCGUCCGUUAUCGAACUGUUAUUUGGUUAAGUUUUGCGGAUUUGUGACGUAA